AGCGCACAUCACGAAUUGUUUUCCAACUAGAAAAGAUCGAAGUCCACUUGAAAUUCGAAUAAUAGUUAAGAAAUAACGCAAGAUCAUGAAUAUUAUCCGUACAGUGCGUUCUGUUGCCUUUUCUUCUAUUCCAAAUAGAACUUUGUCAACUACUCGAUCCUUGUCUACACCGAGUGCACAGUACACAGCAUUCGAAGUAAAUGAUAAAACAGGUAUUGCUACACUAACACUAAACCGACCACCGGUAAAUAGUUUGAAUCUUGAACUAUUGACUGAGAUGCGGAACUGUUUAAAAGAUGCGGAAACCAAUAAGUGCAAAGGCCUCAUAAUCACUUCGUCUUCGAACUCGGUCUUUACUGCUGGUCUAGAUUUACUAGAAAUGUACCAACCGCAAGAUGAACGUGUUAAAAGCUUUUGGACAGCAUUACAAAGUAUGUGGAUGGAACUAUAUGGUUCGAAAAUACCAACAGCAGCUGCCAUUAAUGGUCAUGCACCAGCUGGAGGGUGUCUCAUAGCGACAGCUUGCGAAUAUCGUGUUAUGCUGCCAAAUUUCACAAUUGGCUUAAAUGAAACUCUUAUAGGCAUUGUUGCGCCUAAAUGGUUUGUUAGUGCAUUUUUAAAUGUUGUUCCUCGGCGUGUUGCUGAACAAGCAAUCACACAAGGUAAAUUAUUCACUACAGCCGAAGCUCAUCAUGUUGGACUUGUUGAUGAUGUUGUAAAUACAAAAGAAGAAGCUAUCGCCAAAUGUGAACAGUUUAUUGCCUCAUUCAAAAAUGUCAAUCCAUAUGCUCGUGCACUGACCAAGCAACAAUUUCGUAUUAAAGAACUACAAGAACUUGAACAACAACGUGAAAAAGAUUUGCAAAUCUUUUUAGGACUUAUUAUGCAGCCGUCUGUGCAAAAAGCGAUGGGGAUUUAUUUGGAGGGAUUGAAAAAGAAAUCGAAGAAACAAUAAUAGUCGAGAUUUCAGAACUGAAACUGAUUUUUAUACACUCAUGCAAAUUAUAAUAUUAAGUGAAAAGUGGUUUAUAAUAACGAGAAAGGAUAAAAAGAAAUAAGACAAUAAAAUGUGCCUUCCCUUAUA